UGGCGGAGCAGUGGGAGGAGGAAGAGAAAGGGGCGGCUGUCUAAUUGGUGACCUCCCCCCGGGAGGGUGAGGGUUAGGCUUCGGCUUCGGCUUCAAUGCAAUCUCGCUCCGCAACGGCAGUUCCAGGGCUCAGCUUCUUUCAGUAGCAGCACCACUCGCCUUAAGCUGCGACCGCAGGAUUUGAUAUUCAAUGGCUGGAAAUCUAGAUAUCAAGUGGCCGAAAUGAAUGUGAACCCUAUCUUAGAGGAGAUUCUGAUUAAAAGAUCACAACAGAAGAAAAGGACUUCUCCCUUAAAUUACAAAGAGAGGCUUUUCGUGCUUACGGAAUCAAUGUUGACAUACUAUGAAGGUCGAGCAGAGAAAAAAUACAGAAAGGGAUCUGUUGAUAUUGCAAAAAUCAAGUGUGUUGAAAUUGUGAAGAAUGAUGGUGCCAUUAUUCCCUGUCAAAAUAAAUAUCCAUUUCAGAUUGUAUAUGAUGCUAAUACACUUUACAUUUUUGCGCCCAGUGCACACAGCAGAGAUCAAUGGGUGAGGAAUCUUAAAGAAGAAAUAAAGAAAAAUAGUAAUAUAAUGGUAAAGUAUCAUCCUAAAUUCUGGACAGAAGGAAUUUAUCAGUGUUGCAGACAAACAGAAAAGUUAGCACCUGGCUGUGAAAAAUACAAUCUUUUUGAAAACAGCAUAAGGAAAUCACCUUCUCCAAUACCAGAUAAAAAUAAGCGAAGGCCUCCACCACCUGUUCCCCCAGCUGAGGAAGAUGAAGAUGAAGAUGAGGAAAUAGUAGUAGCAAUGUAUGAUUUUCAACCCACAGAGUCUCAUGAUUUGAGACUUGAGAGAGGUGAAGAAUAUACAAUAAUUGAAAAAAAUGACAUUCAUUGGUGGAAAGCAAGAGAUAAAUAUGGAAGCACAGGAUAUAUUCCAAGCAACUAUGUAACAGGAAAGAAGUCCAACAACCUUGAUCAGUAUGAAUGGUAUUGCAGAAAUCUGAACAGAAGUAAGGCAGAACAACUUCUCAGAGAUGAGGAUAAAGAAGGUGGUUUUGUGGUGAGGGACUCUAGUCAGCCGGGUCUGUAUACGGUAUCUCUUUAUACAAAAUAUGGAGGAGAAGGUUCAUCAGGAAUAAGACACUACCAUAUAAAAGAAACAGUGACAUCACCAAAGCAAUACUAUCUAGCAGAAAAACAUCUUUUUAACACCAUUCCAGAGAUAAUUGAGUAUCAUAAACAUAAUGCAGCAGGUCUUGUUACACGGUUGCGAUACCCAGUGACUCCAAAGAAGAAGCCUGCACCAACUACUGCAGGGUUCAGCUAUGAGAAAUGGGAAAUUAAUCCAUCAGAGUUGACCUUCAUGAGAGAAUUGGGGAGUGGUCUCUUUGGAGUGGUGCGUCUUGGCAAAUGGAGGGCGCAAUAUAAAGUGGCCAUCAAAGCAAUCCGAGAAGGUGCAAUGUAUGAAGAGGACUUCAUAGAAGAAGCUAAAGUAAUGAUGAAGCUAACCCAUCCUAAAUUAGUUCAGCUCUAUGGGGUCUGUACACAGCAGAAGCCUAUUUACAUAGUGACAGAGUUCAUGGAACAUGGGUGCCUUCUGAAUUACCUUCGACAAAAACGUGGACACUUUAAUAAAGAUACCCUGCUGACAAUGUGCCAGGAUGUAUGUGAAGGGAUGAAGUACUUGGAGAGAAACAGUUUUAUCCACAGAGAUCUGGCUGCCAGAAACUGUUUAGUGAAUGAGUCAGGAGUGGUGAAAGUGUCUGAUUUUGGAAUGACAAGGUAUGUCCUUGAUGACCAGUACACAAGCUCUUCAGGUGCUAAAUUUCCUGUAAAGUGGUGUCCCCCGGAGGUUUUUAAUUAUAGCCGAUUCAGCAGCAAAUCAGAUGUCUGGUCAUUUGGUGUUCUAAUGUGGGAAGUAUUUACUGAGGGUAAAAUGCCCUUUGAGAAAAACACAAAUUAUGAAGUGGUAACUAUGGUUAGCCAAGGACAGCGUCUGUAUCGGCCAAAAUUAGCUACCAAGAAUGUGUAUGAAGUGAUGGUAAUGUGCUGGCAUGAGAAACCUGAGGGACGCCCUACAUUUGAAGAUUUGCUGCGUAUAAUUGAUGAGAUAGCAGAAAGUGAAGAUGCUUUCUGAAGAAGAGGAGCGGAGGCACAAGAAUUCUAAGUACAGCAAAGAAUCAACAUUCAAGAGACAUGGCAUUAUUCUUUAAGAGCAUGAUCCUGCAGACUUCUGAGUGUUGCUGAAUGAAGUGUGGAGAGCCUAAGCAUUAACACUUAGCAUUUCCUCAGCAGUCAUGUGGAGAAAGUUCCACAUAAUAUAAAGAAACAUGCACAAUAUAUUCACCAACAUGGGCUGUGCGUGCCUGCAUUCGGAGAGGCUAGUCCCCAGCCACCUUCCCUUUUUGCUUGAGGCCUUGCCCUCUUCCAAUCCUUCGCUCUCACUGAGCAGUCUUCUGGCAUAGCCCUGAACCCUGGCUGGUGCCCGGAACCGCCCCGAGCCUGGGCUGGCCUGCUGGCACCUGAAGCAGUCUGGAGGAACCCUGAACCCUGGCUGGCCGAUUGGGGCCAAACCCUGAGCCCGGGCCUCCCAGAGGAGCUCUGAACUUCGCCACAGCCAAGUCCUGGGGCUGCAGCAGGGAGCAUUAGCAGAGGAUUGGGGCAGCUUAGCCUCCCCCAGCCUCCAUUACACACCACCCAUGCCUGUGCUCUCUCUGAAGAGUUACUAUGUGGUUAGUGAAAAAUUGGGAUUGAUACAUGGAACACAUUAUAGGGUACGGCAAAAGUACAGACACUUAAGUGCAAACUAGUAAAUGCAAAUGAUAUAUAUAGUGUCCAUGUUUAUGAGUUUUAUUUACUCUUGCUGCCAGUCAGUAGUAGGAGCUGCUUGUGUACUUAGGAGCUUUGCUUAAAAACUAAAAGCAAGGUCAUUUUGUGAGGGCCACCUGCUCCCAUAGGAAUGCUUCCAAAGGUUCUCCUGAAAUAUUAUUUCUCACAGCCUGUUGAUUAAUGCUUUAUGCCAGUGAUGGGCAUCUUGCGGGCCGCACUGGCCGCCACUUCCCACAGUGCCCAUUGGCCGGGAAUGGCAAACCAUGGCCACUGGGAGCUGCAGGCGGACAUGCAAAUGUAAACAAACUGUCUGACAGCCCGCCAGCGGAUUAUCCUGAUGGACCACAUGCGGUCCGUAGGCCGCAGGUUGCCACCACUGCUUAAUGCCAUAUACUGGGGCCAAUAUUCUUGCUAUGCCAUUAGUCUGUUUUACCCACGCCACUCAGCUUACUUCGCUCAUCUGUGUGUAACAAAGCACCAUGGUCAGCCUAGACCAGUGGCUCAAGUGCAGCACUCAAAGCCCUCGCUGUAGGAUUGAGCCCUAAUUUAUUUUAUGCCAGGAAGUGUUUCUUGGGAAUUUUUCACCAAAAGAGUAUCUGGGGCCAGUCCUGAGGCCAAUCAUAGCGAUAAACAGCAUGCACAAUACAUGACAGCUGACUUUCAAUGGACUAUAACACACUGAAUUUGAUUAACAGUUAACUAAUUUAUAUACUAUAUGUACUGUAAAUGUAUACUGUACACAUUUAUUUAUAUGAAAUGUAAGUGUUCUGUUCCUGAAAAUGUUAAACAACAACAAGUUACUCUAUAUUAUAUGUUACACAUACAACGUGACAUAUGGCAUCUGUGGAUGAAAGAAAACAUACUUUGAUUUUUUUUUGUUAAAAUGGCAGAUUUUCUAUAAUUCUGUCCCUUGUCAUUUGUGAAAUAAGCUUUAUAGUCUUAAUAGCAAAUGUCAUACUACAGUAUGUGUAUAAUAAACCAAAUGUUAAUUGUUUGGAAACUUGAACAA